UGACGCGAGUGGAAACGUACCAUUGAUCGCGCGCGCGCGAGUUAUUCGCGCCGAUUUGCGGGUGUCAAUGUGCGCGUCUGACAGGAAGAUCGGCUGGCGUUGCCUCGCGAAAACAAGACUCUGCCGAUGAUGCCGGCGUGACAGUUGCGGGCGAUACGUGCGCAUACGGGUCGAGCAUACACGGCGGGAUACGCCGCGAAAAUGUCGCGGGACAUCAGAUCCUACUUCGCGCCGAUCGCGUCUACGCAGAGGAAGAAAUGCGAGCCCGUCGCCCCGAAGCCUCAGAAGCGGCGUGUCAUUUCGUCGGACGAGGAUGAAGAGAGGCCGAGGUCGUCCACGAAGCGUACCAAGGUCGUGCGAAAGACGAAAAAAGCUUCCAUCCUGUCCGAUUCUGAUGACGACAUCGUGGUAUAUGACAAGAAAGACAACAGACAACCUGAAGCGAGUAAGAAGAAUGAGAGCGAGAAGCCACUCGCAGCAAUAUCGGCCGAUGAAUUUUUUGGCAAGAAGCCAAUAACGAGAGUAGACGACACAAAAGUCGACCAAAAAUUGCAGAAAGUGGAGUCCAAGUUUCACGACGACGACGAUUUCGAUGCGGUGCUUGAACAGUUGGACACGUUUGAGGAUACCAGAACGCCGGAUAAAAUGAAAGAUAAAAGCGGUGCUAAAAAUGGAGGUACUCCUAAGAAAUCUGGAGUUGCGGCUAAGACAGAGGCGAGCUCUAAUAAGAGAAAAUACGACGCUUGUUCGAAAGAGGCCAUUAACAAAACGAGUAAACUGAACCCCGAGGAGAUGAAGAUUUUGCCCAGUAAAAAUAGUAUAAAUUCAAAGGAUAUUAAAAGUUCUCCGAAACAGAAAUUACAAUCCGAGAGGAAAGGCGGUUUUAACAUAGACUUAAGUAUAAGCGAUAAGCGCGACGAUAAGAUUUCUAAGCAAUUGAAUUCCGAUAACUUGAGGCAUAAUUUGACGUCUACCUCUGCGUCGGAGGAGGACAAAGGUACAGGGAAAUCACCAAGUAGGAAGAAAGCCAAAACGGAUUUAUUCGAUGAAAGGAUAGAAAAGAAGAAGCAGCGUGCUAUAUUGUACGAAAAAUACCUUCAGAGAGGCGGCGCUAAAAAUCCUGGCUCAAAAGAGAUACCUACGGGUGCCGAGAAUUGCUUAGCUGGAGUAACUUUCUUGAGUACUGGUGUUUUCGAUUCUUUAGAAAGAAAUGAAGUUGAGGAAUUAAUACAGAAAUAUGGUGGCCGAACCGUGAACAGUGUGUCAAGCAAAGUAAAUUAUGUUAUAGUAGGAGAUGUAGCUGGCCCAGCUAAAUUGGCAAAAGCUAGCAGUUUAGGCAUCAAGCAAAUAUCUGAGGAUGGCCUUCUAGAAAUGAUUCGCACGAGACCGGAAGGUAAAGCUGUAAAUGUCAAGCCGACAAAGACGAAACCAAGCGUGAAAAAUGUAUUGAAUAAAUCUGAGAGCGAUAAAUCGUCAUCGUCGAACGAAGUAAAAGCAUUAAGUUCAGCUAAAAAGAUAAAAACGCCACCAUCUUCACCGGUGGAAACAUUAUUGCCAAACAUUAGUACAGAAAAGACAACUACGAGCAUUGGGUCAGAACCGUUAGUUGAGAAGUAUAGACCUAAAACUAUGAAGCAGAUCAUAGGUCAACAGGGGGACAAGAGCUGUGCACACAACUUAUACGUAUGGCUACGUGAUUGGCAUAAAAGUCGUCAGGAUCCCAAAUUCAAAGACGCCGGCAGACAAACUCACGGACAAAAUUUCAAAGCUGCCUUGCUGUCCGGACCACCAGGCGUUGGUAAAACAACAACUGUGCAAGUUGUCUGUAAAGAAUUGGGAUACGAUCUUGUGGAGUUCAAUGCUUCUGACACGAGAAACAAAGCACUUUUGAAAGAAUCGGUCUCGGGGUUGUUGUCCAACACCACAAUGAAAGAUUAUGUCACAGGUUCCAAGAAAAAAAUUACGACCAAGCACGUACUGUUGAUGGACGAAGUCGACGGUAUGGCUGGCAAUGAAGAUCGCGGUGGCUUACAGGAAUUAGUUAGUUUGAUAAAACACACAGAAGUGCCGAUUAUCUGUAUAUGUAAUGACCGAUUUAAUACGAAGGUGAAAACAAUUUCCACGCACAGCUACGAUCUGAAAUAUCCGAAGCUCAGAGUGGAACAGAUCAGGAGUUUUAUGAAGUCCCUGUGCUUUAAAGAGAACAUCAAGAUCUCGACGGAGGACCUCGAUCGUCUAAUUGAAUCGACGAAUUACGAUAUUCGACAAGUGGUAAAUCAUCUGGAAUUUCUUGGCAGCCAAAUCCCUCACGUGGAGACGUCUGACAAGAAACAUUCGAACAAGGACUUCAAGCUCGGCCCAUUCGACGUCACAAAAAUGGCGUUCAAUGCGGAAGAGCAAAAACGUAUGAGUUUGAACGAUAAAAUCGGCUUAUAUUUCAACGAUUACAAUAUAGCGCCCCUUUUCAUACAAGAAAAUUAUCCGGGAGUCAGAUUGUCUCAAGUGUCACCUUACCAGAGGCUAGAAAGAAUCGCCCGUGCGGCUGAUAGUAUAUCUCGAGGAGACCUCGUCGAGAAAGUGAUGAGAAGCGGUAUGAUGUGGAGCCUACUUCCGAUGCAUGCUUGUUUCUCGUUCGUUUUACCAGCUAGCGAAAUGUCGGGAUGCUCUGAUCCGUUGAUACGAUUUCCGAGCUGGUUCGGGCGAAAUUCCAAGGCAACGAGAUUUAACCGAUUAAUGCAAGAGCUGUCGACGCAUACACGAUUAGCCACGGGUGCAAACAAGGACGCCUUGAACAUGGAUUAUCUGGCUCAUAUUCGAAACGCCAUCGUAAAACCUCUGAUAGACGACGGCGCGGAUGGUAUAGAAGCAGCAAUCAAUGUUAUGGGAAAGUAUUAUAUGACCAGGGAAGACUUGGAUUCAGCAAUAGAAAUCUCUCAGUGGCCAGGACUUUGCGACAUUACAACUAAUCUUGAUAGUAAAGUAAAGGCAGCAUUUACACGAGCGUAUCAAAAGAAUCCUCCUAUGUUGCCAUACGCAAUCAACAGUACUGCUACAGCGAAGAAAAAAACUGUACAAGACAAUGAUUUCGUAGAAGAAGAUGAUGAUGAAGAAGAAACUAAUGAUAUUGAAUCUGAUAAGAUGAUCAAGGCAAAAAAACCUACCGCUGCUAGUACUAGUAAAGCUUCUGCAUCGACGAAGAAAGGCGAGCCAACUAAGAAACGCGGAAGAGGACGCGGCAAAGCAAAAUAGGAGACAAUAUUAAAAGGUGGAAUGCAGUUUAUUUAGAAAAACUUGAAACAAAAUUAAUCAUGAACGUUUGUUCAUUGCUCGAUAUUUAUUGCGUCAAAAUGGAAUGUUUGGUGUUCGUUUCAAAAUAUAUUUCCUAUUCUCUUUUUUUAU